AUGUUGCGUCUCUCGAUUGCACUUCGUCAUAAGAUACGAGAUCGCGGUGGAAACAUGCAUAACUUUGCGUUCGACACCAUGACGAAGGUGUAUCGGGAUGCGAUGUAUACCAGUGACAAGAGGUAUGCCGGGAACCCCAUGUAUCCGGAACAUGACAAGGCUAGCGUCACCGGUGCUGCUCUCGCUGGAACUUCUGUACUUCCACAGGAGUCCCUGCAGGCACAGCCAGAAAGAAAUACCGCAACGACCGGCAGUAACUCUUCUACAUCUCCAGUAGAUGGCAUGCGCCGGGCCCCGAGGCGCAGCGGGGUGCAGUUGGAAAUCUUAGGCCUCUAUCGUGAUCUUCUGAGGGAGACUCGGCGGAUGGAGGACCCGCAGACACGGGAAAAUCUACGUCGGUUUAUUCGUGCCGAGUUCAGCGCAAAUAGCGACAUUCCACGCAAGUUUGUCACACGCAUCGAGUGGCAGCUCCACCAUGGGAGGAACAAGCUUGAGGAAUUGCGCGGCAUGCGAUCAGACACAAAGUUCUCCUUUAUGCGGUAA